UAACACUUCUUACAGAACUCAACAUUUGUCGUAAGUUUCUAUUGACCCACGUGGUCUGUGUUUUAGAUUUAUUGCCAUUUCGUGCUGCUGCACUUAUUGUGCUGUUUUGAGAGACUAUCUCUCUGUUUUACAUUGUGCUGUUCUGAGAUACUUAAUCUCAAUUCUGUCAAAUUGUGAAUUACUACGGCAACGCCGAGACGGCAUCUGUAAAGUACUGUCUAAAAAUAUUUAUUCAAAGCAGUAGAAGCCCAGAGAGCAAAGAAGAUUUCAGCCGAAUAGUGGUAAAACUGAUCUGAAUACUGUUACAGUAGAAUUAAAAUGUGCAUUUUUAAAAAUAAUUGACAUAGAAACACUAGAUCAAAUCUUUGAAGCUGAAAUAUUUAUACAAGCAAGGUGGAUGGAACCAGCCCUAAAAGAUUUUACAGAAACGGAUAUGCAAAAUUACAACCCAGCCGAUUACUGGAUUCCUAAAUUAUCUAUAAUGAAUACUGAUGGUGAAUUGGAAUGGAACAGAAGAAGCUUUACUGUUCAGUUAAAAGAACCAGGAUAUACAUAUCCUAUCGUUCUAUUGUUAUGGCGCUUUAAGGGAAAGUUCCGUGAGAAUCUUGAGUUGGAACAUUUUCCAUUUGAUGUUCAGGAUUUGACCGUACAGGUAACUACUGAAAGAUCUGCGUCUGAAGUAGAAUUGAUAGAGGACCAACAUUCUCUUUGCACUGUCAAUAUCAAGACAUUUCAGGAUGCUCAAGAAUGGAGCAUUUACGAACAUGUGGAGACUUUUAGAGAUCAGACAACCCAGGAAUAUGUCAGCUCAACCAUUCACCCUAUUUUAUUCAUACAAUGUCGAGUUAAGAGAAAGAUCGGCUAUUUUAUGUGGAAUAUUGUCUUCAUUGUGCUUUUGAUUAUCGCCUUAACGUUUACGACGUUACCUAUAGAUCCAUUCAAUGCUGAUAGAAUGUCGGUCACCAUCACUCUAUUUCUUACCUCCGUCGCCUUUAAAUUGGUUGUUAAACAAAGUCUGCCUACCAUAUCCUAUCUAACAUACUUGGAUAUAUACGUACUGGCAACUUUGGUAUUUUUGGGCCUACAAAUCGCAGAGAAUGCCGUGAUGGCGGGUCUGUGUAAAAUAAUGUCUAAAACAGAAGUUUAUGAAUGGGACCGGUAUGCCAUUGUUUCUUUGGCCAUUGUUCUAUUCCUGUUUCACAUCAUGUUUAUGAUUCAUAUUUAUUUAACGGCCUAUAGAAGACGACGUUUAAUGAAACAAAAAGAUAGACUAUAUCAGGUAUAA